UUAUGACAGAUUUAUUAGAAAGAAGCAUCCACUUGAUCAACAAUUUCGUAAGUCAAUGGACAAAGAAGUACUUAUAUUACACAAGCUAUAUUGAAGAGACUUCCUCGGGACACACGUAAGUUAUUAAAUUUAUAUAUAGUUUCAUGACAGUUUUCUCAUUACCUACUCCAUCAAACCCCAUUCCUGUUGCAACAGUGAAAGUGUAUUUCUACAUUCCAGAUCUGACAGAUCCAUCUGAAAAAACAAUGUCAUUCAGAUUUGAAAACGAUUCACUUAUUCAUUUGGUCAAUCGAACUAUUCGAAUUUCAUAAAUGGAAGUAAGCAAAUCCUAUAAUUUUCAAGAAAUGGAUUGAAACCAUUUUGGCACGCAAAGAUAGAACUUGUAGAAUCAUGUUUCUAGGAACAGAAUUUGAACAAACUAGAAUUACUAAUAAGAGAAUGGAUGAAGUAUUAUAUGAAAAAUAACCAGAAUAAGAAAAGGAGAAUUUAGUCAUUUAGCCAGAAUUAUUGGAACACGAUUAAGAAUUAGUAAAUUAAUUCACAAUCACAGAAGAAGAAAAAAUUAGAGAAAUCAAAAUGCUAACUGAACUUCUUUAUUAAUGUUUCAGAUAAAUUGAUAAAGAUGAUAUGGGAGUAAUCUCCUAUGAAGAAGGAGGCUAAUUAUUUUAGUUGAUGGGUCUACAUCUAGGCAAACAUUAAUUGGAGGAUACACUCAAUAGACUGGAUGUGUCAAGAACAGGAAUUCUGUAAUUCAAAGACAUUUCCUCUUUUGGAAUUGAAACUUUGCAUUCAAUCUAUUGUCAGAAUUAGGCACUUAAGGAAUUGAGAGAGAAGGAAGAGGAAAGCAGAUUUGAAGCAUAAUGGAUGCUCUCCACUGAUCUUAGAAAUGUAUAUAAAAAAAUAGUGGAAUAAUGCAAACUCAAGGAUGAGGAUGAGAUUCAUUCUAUUCCUUCCAAUGUCUUCCAAUAAAUUCUAGAAGAGGUAUAUAUUUAUUCUAUAAUCUAGUAAUAAUUCUUUACUGAAGAUGAAAUCAAAUAAAUCAUGGAAAUUAUUGGCGAUAAAGUUGUGGAAUAUGAGAUUAGUGAUAAAGUGUUAGAAGAAACUAUCUUUGAAAAUUUAGUCAAAGGGUUAUUAGAAGCUUAAAAGAGUAAAAUGGAAGUGUUUCUACUUGAACAUUUUAGAAGAUAAGACAAAGAAAAUUCUGGAUUUAUUAAGAUCAAUGAGUUAAUGAUUGCUUUGAAAAGUUGUGACAAAAUUAAAUUAUCAAAAGUUCAAGUAUUACUAUUCAUCUUAGUAUUAGUUGUACUCAUUACAAAGCUACAUCAAAAGAAAUGACAAGGAUCUUGUAAAUUACAAAUAGGAAGCUAGAAAGAUCGGAGCCAUUAUUAAAAAGUUCUUCAAUGUUGAUUUAAUGGAGUAGAGGGUAUUCUUUUGAUAUCAUAUUUACAGUCACGCUUGCCUCAACAUACAAAAAUUGAUGCGUUCAUUCCAUUAAAAACACCUGAGUAAAUACAAGAGCAAAUUAAAAAGGUUGGAUCAUGA